AUGGUUCAACACAUGAGAUCGAGUGCGGAGAAAAUUCCACCACCGGAGAAUUUUGCAUCAGAGCAGUGCUCCAACUCCAAAACAAGACGACGUUCGGAAAAGAUCGUCCUGGAGAAAAACCUAAAAAAACUCGAAGAGGGACGUCAGCGACAGAUAAGCUAUCGACAACGCCAGAAACGUAAUCGAGAGGAGAUCAUUGAGAACGACCCUGUUAAAGCCACAAAAUUGCGAUGCCAUCAAACCGUAGGAAGACCUCCACUUGAAGAUCAGGAUCAGGUGAUAAAAGCGAUAGUAGACAUCGCGCAAUACGGUGCGGCUGCACAGGAAAAACGCCGGUUUGACGAGCUGAGGACGGUGAAAACGUUGGAUGACAUGGUGGAAAAGUUAAAGGAGCUCGGAUACACGAUGUCCCGAUCCCGAUGA